CUCCAGCGUGGCGGAGGUGUUUGGAGGCUGCGGGCUGAGCGAGCGGAACGCAAGGAGCCGCCUGAACUCGCUUCGACCUGCUUUAAAAACAAGGAAAAAAAAUACAUUAAAAUUGGAUUCAAAAUCCCCGGACUCGUUACGGUGUCGACUUAUUUCCCCCCUGCGGAAGGCGUGCGCUUCCUUGUUCGCCUGCGAGCUCAAAACAUCUCCACAUCCUCACAAAGAAACUUUGCUUGCUAGGCAGCUAACUCGCCAGAACUCGACAAGAAAAGUGGCGAAAACUACAUGACGAGCCGCAAAUAACUCCUCUGCGUAGUUGACAAGGGUUCCCCCAACGGUGGAAAUGUUUACUGGGUGAUUUGGUGCUCGAAUUGGCCUGGUUUGUUAAGCGAACAUCGAGUAGUAGCAGCGGGAGUGCUUCAUCACCCCCACCACUCCGCUCCAUCACCUCCACAUCCAGCGCUGGUCCAACAACGGCUGCUGAAGGCAUGUCAGGCCGGAGUGGGGCGACUCUGGGCCCGCAGCCGCUCAAGGCGACCGUCCCUUACCAGCUCGCCAGCAAGCACCGAACCAAAGGCAGGGAUGGAAAGUUGGCCAAGAAGGCCAAAACGCAGCAGCUGAGUCCUGGCAUGAGACGGACAAUGUCACUGGACGCCAUCAUCGGCCCGUACCUGCAGGGCCACUGGCCCAAAGAACCAGAAGGUGCUUUAUGUCGAAAGGACAAAUCCACACAGACGCCCAAUUGGUCAGACAAAACACCAUGUAGGAAGGACGAGAACAACACCGCCGACGGCAGCGGCGUCAACCACAAGCGCUCGGCGUCGUGGGGCAGCGCCGAGCAUCUAGAGGAAAUCACUAAAAUGAAACAACAGCUGCAGCAGCACGGUAAACCUACCGUCUCUGGGGGGCACGACCGAGACCGCCAGCGCGGCUACGCUCUCGGGAGUUGUAGCCUGGGAACCGUUCAGACUCAGCCCAUCGCCAUCCCGCUAGCGCCGCUUUCUACGUUGGUGCCUCGGUUGCGUUGCAGCGUGGAAGGCCUCAACCAAGAGUUGGAAGGCAUGUUCGUCUGUCAGCCGGGACAUCGUCAGCACCAGCUUCUGGAUGUUCCCGAUGGGCACCGCGCACCAGUCCCAACUCAGAGCCGCAGCAGUGGAUCUCAAAGUGACCCGGCGUCCGUCACUCCUCCUUCGCCUUCUUCCAUUUCGUCCUCACCGUGCUCCUCUCCCACUUCUGCUUCCCCGCCUGAAGCUGAAGACGCCUCUCUGGACAUGCACAAAGGGUUGGAUCUUCUAUCUCCAACGUCCCUGAGCGAGGCCGACCUUCUGCUGAUGUCCUCCUCACCCGGACCUAACAAAAGCUACUGCUUCCAGAGAGAACCUCCGGAGGGCUGCGAAAAAGUCAGGGUCUGGGAGGAGACCAGCUCUCCAAAGCAUCAAAAAGCGGCAACAGUCUCCUCCUGCCCCGACCCCAACAAGGUCAACUUCACCCCCCACGGCGGGUCCGCCUUCUACCCGCUCCUUCCAUCUGUGGACCUUCUCUUCUGCAGCCUCUCAGUCACCCACGAUCCUCCCACAGCUGCCAACUCCUCCACUGACGCCUUCUAAUCAAAUUCCCCCCAUUUUUCUCCCUUUUUUUUUUUUUAAGGUGCGCUUCCUUUUCUAGCUGGGUUUAAGAUGUUUAUUGAAGAAAAAAAUCAUACUUUGAGUGAUUUAAUCCAAAGAUUUGGAUGUGUAUCCAAAGAUUUUCUUUUGUCUGGAUUUAAGACACGUUAGUCCAGAAAAGGUGGUUUACGCGGUUUCGCCAAUUUGCUUUUUGGACUUGUACAAAGCAUGACAAAUCAAUGGGAAUAUUUUCCAUUCAUAUUUUGAUGAUUGCUGGAAACAUACGCGUUCCGGUUUGUGUGCGUGUUCAUGUGUGUGUGUGUUCAGGGUUAAAAAGGAGGAAAUGUAGCGUAAUAAUAAUGUUUAUAGUUGUAGUUGACUACCUAACCAGUUUUAGUGGUGUAGUUUUAUUUCCGGUAGAGACGUUUGCACAUUCUCAAUUGCUACAUUGGCAAAUUAUUUUUUUACAUUUUGUACUUUUGUAAAGUAGAUUUCCUGAAAAUAACCGCAAUAUGAGCUUAAAAGAAGCCUGUUAGGUUUAGUGUUGUCUGUAUAAUCAAGACUGUUUUCUUAAAUAUUGUAUCGGGUAGAUAUUUUUUUUUUCUUUUAAUGCACUUCCAGGAAAAGGCUUUUUGUAUAUGCGCACACAAUUAGGGUCUGGAUUUAAUGUGGUGUGCAUGUGUGUGGAUACGGUGGAAGUUCUGUCAUCUCAGGUACUGUUCGGUUCUGUUCUGUCCGCAGGAAAUACACCACUGAUGGCCUUUUUUCGUCACGAAUUAAAUGUGGAAACAUGCAAUAAUACUGUUGUGAGGUGCUUUUUUUUGUAAAGAUUUGAUGAGGUGAAGCCUGAAAGGACGU